AUGUAUUUUCCUAGUCAUUUUACCUUAGUCAAAAGCGUCAAGUUGUUGUUGGCGUUAAUCGUUUUGGAUUGGCUGUUUUCGGGAACCACAGAUGCUACAACACAUGAACCUGGCUUUAGUGGACCUAUAGCCAACGUCACGGCGCCGCUAGGACGAGAGGCAAUCCUGGCAUGCACUGUUCACAAUCUAUCCACAUUUAAGGUCGCGUGGUUAAGAGUGGAUACACAAACCAUUCUGACGAUCCAUAACCACGUGAUAUCGAGGAGUCGGCGGGUGGGGGUAACCCACAGCGACGAGCGAGUCUGGUUCUUACACAUCAGGGAACUCCGGGAGACGGACAGAGGGUGGUACAUGUGCCAGAUCAACACUGACCCUAUGAAGAGCCAGCUUGGAUAUUUAGAUGUCGUUGUACCCCCUGACAUUCUGGAUCGCGGCACCAGUGCUGACCAGAUGGUCAGAGAAGGCGCCUCCGUAAGUUUGACAUGCGCAGCCAGCGGCUCGCCGAUGCCACAAAUCGUUUGGAGAAGAGAACAUAACAAACCUAUCACUAUUGCGGACGGAAUCAAAGUGUCAUCGCUCGAAGGGCCGGUACUAAAUAUAAGUAGAGUUAGCAGACAACAUGCCGGGGCUUAUCUCUGCAUAGCUUCCAACGGGGUGCCCCCUACUGUGAGCAAGAGAAUUAUGCUGACGGUGCAAUUUCCACCUGUAAUCACGAUAAGAAAUCAGCUGGUAGGAGCUGCCUUGGGCACGGACCUCGUGCUCGAGUGCGAGACGGAGGCGUACCCCAAACCAGUGAGCUACUGGAAUAGAGAGAAUGGAGAAAAUGUUCCUGUCGGUGUCGGAGUUGAACCUCAAAAAAUUGAUGGGUGGUACCGCACAGUGAUGCGGCUGGCGAUCCGAAGAAUAACGCCGUCGGACUACGGCGCCUACAAAUGUGUGUCCAAGAAUUCCUUGGGUGACACUGAGGGCACUAUUAAAUUAUAUCCCAUGCCUCCUGCAGCUUUAGAAAAUAAGAAUGUUGUACAGCGACUCAACAUUAUGGUUGAUAAAUCGUCCGAGAGCACUCCAUUCGGGACUCAGGAUUUCAGGCUACAAGAUUUCAGCGGCGCAGUCUCGAAGGAUCAGCUUUUCUCUCGUUUUUUGCUCUCAUUAGUCAUUUUAAUCAAGAUUGCAAUAUCCCUGGGCUGAUGUUUCGCUUUGAGCCACUAAGAAUAUAAAUUAAUUAUAACUUUCCGUAAAAUAUUACCUAGAUGAAAAUGUUGCUUUGAAGUCUUGAAAGGACUAAAUUAUAACUCGCAGGUUUGUUUUCAACUGUUACUGUUAUUUCAUAUUGUAUCGAGGUACAAAUAUGGGUAUGACAUUAAGAAAGAAUUUUAUUUUAAUUAAAAUUAACAAUUAUUUAUUUAUAAUUUACUUUUCAAAAUAUAAGUAGCUCUGAAUACUAUGGUAAGUAAUAUAUAAAUUGAUGUGACAGUCAUAUGUACAAUAAAUAAUUUCAAUUGCUGUAUGAUAAAGGCAUGCACUUAUUUCAUUUAAAUAAUUAUACUUAGAUUCAUCAAAACAAAUUUUAUUUCUGGGAAUUAAAUAUAUAGUAGUUCGUUCGCAUUUUAAGGGGAAAGAAAUUUUACAGAAUAGUUACUUUAUUAUUAAGCUGUUCAUUUUUUUAAUCACAAUUAUAAAGUAAUGUAACAUAUACAGAUAAAUAUAUUAACUGAUUUGAAAUCCAGAAAAAAGGUAAUAAUUUAACAGUUUGUCUUGUUCAAAUAUUACUAUAUCCUACCUAUACACUCGUAAAGGUGGUAACAAUGGAUAUUCGAUCUAAUAAAGCGCUUUUUUUGUUGUCGUUUAAAAUUCACCGCUAAUAUUAUAGAUACGUAGUUAAGAAUAAAAGAAUACGAUGGUACUGAGAUGUAGAUAAAAUAGAGGAAAAGUUUCAGAGGCGGCUGUUAACUGCCGAAUUUCUUUUUGUAAAAUACUAAUGUGAACCAAGUUUUAGAACUAUGCUGUAAUAACAGUAUAAACAACAUAUCUUUAGACAUUUCGAAUAUCUUUAGGAAUAAAUUGUAGAUAAAAAUAAUUAAGAACCACCGAGAGAUGAAAGUAUUAUUAAAUAUAUAGACUGAGUUUCAUUAUUAGGCUUGUAAAUAUAAUGUUUAUAAAAUAUACCUCCCUUGUUUUGUGGUUACAACAAAACAUUCUGGUAUAAAAAUGCUGUAGGCAGUCAAUUACAGAGAAGCAUGACGGGGAAAGAAAACUGAUUAUCGGCUUACAUUGCUUUUAUAUUUAUUGAAAAUGUAUUGAACAAAAUUGAACAGCAAGCUAAGUAAACUAAUACAAGAAAAUAUAUAACAAAUUAGAUUACUGUACAUUUUAAUGAUUUCUUUACGUAGGUUUUACUUCAUUGAUUGUUUGUUUAUAAAUACCUAUUUGGAACUUGGUGUAUUUAGUGAAGAAAUUGCUUUAUAUGUAAAGGGGCUAUCUCGGUUUUCGGGAAAGUUUAUGGGAGAAUGGUCAAACUAAUUCAACUUUGACGAAAGUCUGAAGUCGCAAUAAAAGUCAAAUAUUCACACAUUCAUGGUGAAUUAUUAAGUUUGAUCUGUCCAAUAAUGUUCUGCAAAUCACGUUCCUACUUUGUCCCAAAUAGUGUCAAAU